UGCUUGUUGGUGCUUUUUCAGGAUAUUUUAUAUUUUAUGCUGGCGGCUGGUUUAUUCACGAUCAUUUUGAUGCUGAAGCUAUUUGUUUAAGAAUGAACCCCAAAACAAGGUUGGAUUUGCUAAUUUGUGAAUACAAUUUACUCAGUGCCAUGUUGACUGCAGUUACAGCAUCAUUGUUAUCCGAUUUUCUUAUUUGGGGUCUGUUCGGUUUUAUAUUCUAUAUAUUUAAAGAUAUGCCGGUAGAUAUGCCAGAUAGUAUUAAUAAUGUAGACUCUCCAUCCUAUG